GGAAGUUUGCUUAAUUUUUUCUACAAUUUAAUUGAAUCGGGAUCGUAAUACGAACUAUCAUUUUGUCCUUGGACGUGAGGCCGGUAUAUUGAGAAGAUCUGAUAGUGAAAAGAUGUGGCGAGCUGCAGUGAGAGGUGUCCCACCUCGAGUCAAGUCCUCCAUUGUUGUUAAACCAAUGCAGAAAAGAUGCAUGUCUUCUGGUGUGCCAUCAAAGAAAGGUGGAAAACUUAAAUGGUUUUUGCUGUUACCCACGGCAGCACUAGGAGGGGCAGCAGCAUAUGGUGAAUUUGUGGAUCCAGAGAUCAAAAAAGUAAUGGAGGAAAAUGUGUACAGUCCAUUCCAAGACUAUGUAUACAAUCCUUUCAUGGAGCUGGUGUCGGGGAAAGAAACAGAGGAAGAACAGGCUAAACCACUAGUUAAACUUCCCCCUGCCAUGAAAACAGAACCAAAAACAGAGCCGCAGAAGCCAGCAAGCAAAGACAAGCCACCUAGCCCUGCAGUUCCAGCUCCUAGUCCUGCAGUUCCAACACAGCCCAUGAUGUCAGCAAAAGAGAGAGAAAAGUUAGACAUUGAACAGAAACUACAGCAACAAAGAGAGAAAGAAAAAGCUGAAAACUCAGCUUUGGAAUCCAAACUUAAAGACUUAAUGGAGUCCUGUAAAACUGGGAUCCAAGAAGCAGCGGAACUUCAGAAGGAGGUUGUUGCCGCGGUGAAGAAACAUUCACAGACUCUGCAGACAGCCAUGGACGACAAAACUGAUAUUUUGAAUAAAGAAGCUCAGUGGCAGGCUGUAUCUGAGGCGUUCCAGGAUAGAGAUGUAGCCACAAACAAGGCAAAGAAGGCCAUGAGCACAAUCAGGUCAGAUAUGGAGAAGUUGAAAUCAAUGGUGGAAGAAGCAAGAAAUAGCAAAUCAACAAAGAGCAACAAAGUUCUGAACACAGCACAGGAAGGUUACAACGCUGCCAGCAAUAAACUCAAUGCUAUAGAGUCUGCAAUAGCAAAGAGUGAAUCAGAAAAUCGUGGACUUCUCAAGUUCAAUGACCUUGUGGAGGAAGGGAAAAAGAAAUUUCAGCGUGAACUGGAGAGCUUGAUGCCAGAAGUCAAACCUGGAAAAGGAAAGAAACUGAGCGAAGGGGAAUUAAAUUCGUUGAUUGCACAUGCUCAUCGACGUAUCGAGCAGCUUCAGCAUCAACUGGCCAAUCAUAUGGCUAUGGAGAAAGAACGGAUUCAGGAGGCUCUCAACAUCCAGCAGAAGGCAGACGAGACCGUUUGCGAUCGUAGAAUUCAGGACGAGGCUCAGAAAAUAAAAAAUAGUAUCAAUCUGGAAAAAAGCAAAUGGGACGAGGAAGCUCGAGUUCAGUUUGAGGUGGAACUUCGCCAGCAGCUGGCUCGUCAGGCUGCCGCUCACAGCGACCACUUACAGGAAGUGCUGAAGAUCCAGGAACAGGAACUCCUACAGAAGUAUGAGCGCCAGUUCAACUUGAAGUUUAUCGAGGAGCGACAAGCAUUCCAGGCGGAGAUCGCAGGAUGGGUAGCACGACUUAAGGGUAUCGAGACAGCGGUUGAAAGCAGGGCUGCGGCAGAAAAGAUCGCCCGAGAGGCUCAGGACCUGUGGUUAGCCAGCCUGGCGUUAAAUGGAAGUAUCCGUCGGGGCAAAGAGGAGGAGCUACAGUGGGAGGAUCGCCUGAAGCCGCUGGGAAACGAAAUCGUGGCCGUUUAUGAUGCCGCUGGUAACCACCCGUUUGUCAACAUGAUUGUCAGCACAAUUCCCGAAAAGGCAUACGUCCGUGGAGUAUGGACGGAAGACACACUGAGGGAACGAUUUGAGAAAGUGUCCAGUGUUUGUAAAAAAGUGGCCUCCAUUGAUGAAUGUGGAGGAACUCUAUACAAAUACUUUAUCUCCUAUCUGCAUUCUGUAUUUAUAAGUUUCAGAAGUUAUGAUAUAAAGGGUUUAAAUGACCAAGUUGAUGUUGCCAAUAUGGACAAUUUUGAAAUUCUGGCCAACGCCACUUACUGGAUGGACCGAGGGGAGUUCGAAACAGUGGUCAGGUAUAUGAACCAGUUACAAGGAGAAGCCAAAAAAGUCGCUUCUGAUUGGUUAAAGGAGGCCAAGUUGCUAUUGGAAACUCGACAAGCUGCCUUUGCUUUGACAGCUUUUGCUUCAGCAAGUGGAUUGGGAACAGUAUUUUGAAGUGGAGUUAUUUCAUAAAAUGGACUCUGACAGAAUGCUAUGAUACCGUUUUGGUUUACAAAAAAAAAAAAUAAAGAUUACUACAAAAA